AUGCACGGGGAGUGGGCCCAGGUCUCCAACCUGACCAGUACUGCCCUUCUUCCAGAAGCACGAGGAGUGGGCCCAGAUACCCGUGAGUUCCUGCCUCCAGAUACCCGUGAGUUCCUGCCUCCAGAUACCCGUGAGUUCCUGUCUCGAGAUACCCGUGAGUUCCUGCCUCCAGAUACCCGUGAGUUCCUGCCUCCAGAUACCCGUACCCGUGAGUUCCUGUCUCCAGAUACCCGUGAUUUCCUGCCUCCAGAUACCCGUGAGUUCCUGUCUCCAGAUACCCAUGAGUUCCUGUCUACAGAUACCCGUGAGUUCCUGUCUACAGAUACCCGUGAGUUCCUGUCUCCAGAUACCCGUGAGUUCCUGUCUCCAGAUACCCGUGAGUUCCUGUCUCCAGAUACCCGUGAGUUCCUGUCUCCAGAUACCCGUACCCGUGAGUUCCUGUCUCCAGAUACCCGUGAGUUCCUGCCUCCAGAUACCCGUGAGUUCCUGUCUCCAGAUACCCGUGAGUUCCUGUCUCCAGAUACCCAUGAGUUCCUGCCUCCAGAUACCCGUGAGUUCCUGUCUCCAGCGUUCCUGACUCCGAAGAGGCCUCUCUACCUGCUGUCCUCUCCUGAGGCGGAGCUAGGGGUGGGGCUAGAGGCGGGGCUAGAGGCGGAGCUAGGUGAUGUCAGCCAAAAACUGUUCUCCACGCCCCGCCCACCAAACCUCCGCUCAACGAUACGGGGGAGCACUCAUCUGAGUGUGUGUUCGUUAGACGGAGAGCUGUCUGAUGACCAGAAGGUGUUUUCGGAGUGUAACCAGACAGGACCUCUGGGCUUCCAGGACUGUCUCCCAGCAGCCAGGAUGAAGCUCUGUAGGAAGAUCGGAGAGGGGACCUUCGGAGAGGUCUUCAGUACCACCAACACCUCUGGAGACGCCGUCGCUCUCAAGAUUAUCCCAGUAGAAGGAUGUGACCAGGUGAAUGGAGAGGAACAGAAAACCUUUGGAGAAAUCCUCCACGAGAUUAUCAUCUCCAAGGAGCUGAGCAGUCUAAAGGAGAAGAAACACAACCAGACCACUGGCUUCAUCGGACUGAAGGAUCUCCACUGUGUGCAGGGCUGCUACCCUCCAAGCCUGCUAAAAGCCUGGGACUCCUUCAACACACAGAGAGGAUCAGAGAAUGACCGGCCAGAUUUCUUCAAUGACGAGCAGCUGUUUCUGAUCCUGGAGUUCGAGUUUGGAGGCAGUGACCUGGAGAACAGUAAUGGACAGGUGAGGAGACCUGGAGAACAGUAAUGGACAGGUGAGGAGACCUGGAGAACAGUAAUGGACAGGUGAGGAGACCUGGAGAACAGUAAUGGACAGGUGAGGAGACGUGGAGAACAGUAAUGGACAGGUGAGGAGACCUGGAGAACAGUAAUGGACAGGUGAGGAGACCUGGAGAACAGCAAUGGACAGGUGAGGAGACCUGGAGAACAGUAAUGGACAGGUGAGGAGACCUGGAGA